CUCGAAGUUGGCGGCAAGGCGUUCUCAUCGACAGUCGUCUGUGCGAUUUCACGAAAGCACUUCAUCGAUCGAGGACGACACAUUUCUCCCCCUUGCGCCGUGGUUUGUGGACUUGAAGGGGAGCGAAGAAUUUGUUGUCAAGCACCCCGCAUCUUCGCGUGGGCGGCUACGAAUGCAAAGACCGCUCGAGUGUGGUUGGCCGUAAAUGUGAUCUCACAUUUGUGCACGGCACGUUCAGCAAUCAGAAGAGUCAGAUAUUCGAGGAGUCCCGCGGCGUGCACCAGAGAUUUUAGGUCAAGUGUGUGAGUCUCGACUCAUGCGCACGCUUCACGCCAGCAGUUUUCCUGCUCGGCGCGUCCAUUUCUCACGUGCCGUCGGGAAGCUCUUCGCGCGUGGACGGGACAAGACGCCGUCGGCAGGAGCAAGCAGAUCGGCGAGCUCGAAAAGGAGGCGCCUGGUCGCCGCGAGGUGAAUGUCGUGGUGCAAGGCCGUGCACGCGUCACUUCUGUUUCUGCUGUGCAAGCCCUUUCGUGGCAGUGACGAUCUACCACUCUUACGGCGACCGGAAGAAUGCAAGGUGUUUCCGUCGGACCGGACCUAUGAAUUGAGCACUCUGGUCUAUUCAUCCGGCACCGGCUUUCAAGCGCUUUGCGCCAUAGCUUGUUCAGCGGCUCCACAUGCUCUGGCUUUGCAAGACGUGCCUAGCCCUAUCACCGGUCCACAUGCCGGCCCUCUCUCGGUCGAGCCGCCACGCGAGUUAUCGACCAUCUAGCAAGACUCCACUUGCCUCACCAUUGCUAGCGUUCAGGCUCCAGUCUUUGUCAGCACCCAGUGCGAAUAGCGUCUGCUAGUGUCGCCUGUAGAUUGUGCUUCCCUGGUCUGAUUUGACUAGCUCGCUGACUGCACUACCUGAGGACUGCUCAGCCUCGAGGCUUUGGAGAGGGAGCAUUCGUUUGCCUAUUUGCAGCCGCGCGGCCCUUGACUUUGUGAUACCUAUGGCGCUUGCAAUAGAGUCUGCACACUCGGUCGUGAUGGGUGGGAUGACUAACCUGUGAGUGUCGACCUUCGUUUGGAGUCGCCCUCGCCCUUCCAUUUGACAGCACCCCAAGAAGGAAAUGUUCGAGGCUUGGCGCGCCCUCACGCU